CAAAGAAAAUGUUAAUAAGCCAGAGCACGUACGAGGGAGAGUGAAGAGAUUGUAUGGAAUACCCACUGUAGCACCAGCGACACUGUCACCAUUAUGGUUUCUGCCUGGGGUUCAACCAUUACUUGAAGCUCCUGAUUUGCAGUCGGUCUUGAAUCAGUUGUACAGUAAAUCAUUUGCCGUGCAAACGGCUGUUAAUUUAAUACCCUUCUUGACCACACAACUACGUAUUGUAGCAGCUUAUUAUCUAUUAGUUCAAGCAGGAAUAAAUCCACUGGCGGGUCUACAAGGAGUCAGCUUCCCUACUACUAUACCAACAACACCUCCUCUCUCUUCUAGUGGAGCCACACCUUCUGCAGCAGGGCAGACUACGCCAGCAUUACUGACCACAGCAUUUACAACUAUGCCAGUAACAACAACCACACCAGUAACAACACUGGCAGCUGCAUCAGAAACAACACCCAUGAGUACAUUGGGCACAACACCGUCAUCUCCAUUAGCCACAACACCAUCAACUCCAUUAGGCACAACACCAUCAACUCCAUUAGGCAUAACACCAUCAACUCCAUUAGGCACAACACCAUCAAGUCCAUUAGGCACAACAUCAUCAACUCCAUUAGGCACAACACCAUCAACUCCAUUAGGCACAACAUCAUCAACUCCAUUAGGCACAACACCAUCAACUCCAUUAGGCACAACAUCAACUCCAUUAGGCACAACACCAUCAACCUCAUUAGACACAACACCGUCAACAUCGACUCCAGCUUCUCUAGACACUCAGUCUACAACUUCAGUCUCAUCGUCCAACCCCAGUUCUACUGGUUUAAAUUUGAGUAUUAUGUUGGAGAAUUUGUUGAAAAAAGCCUGUUCGAAUUCUUCAAGUCCGGAUUACAUAAAUUCUCUUAGCAUUCUCCUCGCCAAGGCCGACCAGGUUGGUUACAGUGAUUAUGAAGUACAGUUGAUUCUGAGUAUUAUCGGCAAUGUUACAAGCAAUGUUUUGCAAUUAAAUCUCAAGUUCGAUGUGGACACAGUAAAAGUGAGUAUAUUUUUUUAUACCUAAAGGAAGAUUCCAGUUAUAUAAACAUGUCUAAUUACUGUAGAAGACACGUGUCAUUUAGA